AUGCAGGUUGGGGUUGGCGAUGAUGAGUCGAAGCGUUGCACUUUUCAAGGCUGCACACAGGUAGAUCCUCUUGCCUCUCGUUGCGUCCUUUGCGGUGAUAUGUUCUGCGCUAACCACACAUCCGUGGCUGCCCACAUGUGCCGCACGUUCAACGCCCAGAACGUCAACUGUCCUGUUUGCCACCAAGUCGUGUCACUGGAGCGUUCUGGGCAGCCAAUAGAUGAGGCCGUUUCGCGACACAUCGAUAGGGGUUGUCGUCCGGCUGCGUUGUUGUCGACCGGUAUGAAGGAGCGAACAAACUACUGUAGCUACACGGAUUGCAGAAAUAACUCUGUGGCCUCCAUCAUUUGCGAGGACUGUGGCAAUAGGUACUGUAUUGAGCAUCGCGCCCCCGCGCGUCACCAGUGCCGAAAGGCUCGAACGCCAGCCGUUCCUGCUUUAUCACAGGCGAUGUCAUCCAAGCCGACGCUCUCUUCCGGCGCAGUCUCUCAUUCCCACUCAUCGCCGCAGAAGAAUUUUCCGCGAAAUACUCCCAGUACGGCUUUUGGGACCCGAGUUGAGGGCACGGUGACGCCGCUGGUCCUUUUUGCUAAAGAAUUUGGCGUUUCUCCGUUCUUUAUGCAUUUCUCACGUCUGAUGGUGGUGGGUCGGGCGCUGGAUCUAGCCGUUGGUCAGGCGACUCUUGAUAGUGCCGCUGUUGGCGCAGAGAAAGGGACGUGGGUGUUACAUGUGGUACAGCGGCCACACAGUGUUGACGGGUUUUCCGUGGUUGCUCCGCCUUUUUCUGCAACAUUGAAAACGGCAGGUGUGGUGGAUGGCUCAAUCGUCUAUAUUGGGAAGAAGUCCGUGCAACCGGAUGAUUUGUUCAGUGAACUUGCCCCGCAUCUUGCAAAUAAAUUCCACCGUGGGAAAGAAAAAAAAUGUGCCUCCAUGUGA